CGCUAUAAUCAUCAAUUUUACUGUGGAUGAUUAACAUUUGAGGUCCAUUGCCAUUAGGUCGAGUCAUUUCGGAGUUAAUGCCAGUACUUAUCUUCAUAUAUUCUUAUAUUGAAGUGCAGCCUAGACUAAUUAAUCGAAAUACUGCUGUGAUGUGUUUGGAGGAGAUCAAAUCUUUUCAUAUCCUACUCAGAUCGUCUUCAUAAUACCAAGGAAAAUGGUUUGUGUUGUUUGUUUACAAUUAUCUAGUGAAGUAGUGCUUUUGUAAAUGGAGGUGGAAAAGAUCUUAUAGUAUAAUCCAAUCUUCCUGGUAUUUGUUACCAUGAUUACUUCUUUUAAACAUAACUUAAUGUAGAUGGAAUAGAUUGUGAUCAGAAUAGAGAAGUGCUGUUGACACUUAAUUUGCUAGCCACCCAAGCCUAUCUCAAAGGGAUAAUAUUGAUGAUUCCUUCACGAUGACCUCUGUACAUGUUUAGUUAUUGCUCCAUCCAUUACUACCUUCCUCAAGUAACGCAUGAUCGUCAAUCAUGGCAAUGGAUUCACCCACCCUGUUGGCCGUCACCAAUAAGCCUGGCCUAGCGGUCUCCUACACCGAGGCUCUAUGGUCAGACAUGUCAGAUAUCACACUGGACAUCACCACAGCCAGAUCCGACAAUGACACAGGAUCAGAAUGGACCUCGCUGGAUACGGCCGAGCAGAUCUUUGAAGGAGCCAUCUUGUGUUUGAUGAUUGCUUUAACCACGCUGGGAAACUCUCUCGUAGUCUUAGCUGUGUGUUUGGAAAAGAAGCUAAGGACCUUUGAAAACUUCUUCUUCGCUUCGCUUGCUAUUGCUGACUUGUCAAUUGCCAUGUUGGUUCUCCCGUUGUCUGUUCGGGUAGAGCUAUCAGGCGGAAAAUGGGAUCUUGGACCUCGAGUUUGUGAUCUCUUUAUCUUCACCGAUGUUGCUUGUUGUACUGCAUCAAUCCUACAUCUGUGUACCAUUGGAAUCAACCGUUGUCGCUCGAUCACGUCUCCGCUCCAUUACGUCAGGAAACAGACCUUUCGUCGAGCAGCGGUCAUGAUCGUUCUGGUCUGGAUAACAUCUUUCUUGAUCGCGUGUCCACCCCUCAUCGGAUGGCCACAUUCCCGAAAUCGAUCAGCGCAACUCUGUGAGUAUGAUGUCGACAAACUCUACGUUGUGUACUCGUCGUGUGGAUCAUUCUUUAUACCACUUCUAGUCAUGGUGAUUGUCUACACUAGGAUUUACCAAGUGUCUCGACGAGGCGCCGAAUUCAGGCGAAACUCUGCCCCCCAACUAAAUGACCACCACCAACAAAAUCAACAAAAGAUCAAUAACCAGUCUCUCUAUCAAACACGCACCCACUACGACCAGGUCCAUUCUUGUCCCCCUUCAAGAAGGCGACCAGACCUAUACAGGAUGGAACACAAUUCACGUUGUACCGGAAGGGCAAACUCAACAGUAGCGGCAUCUGCUGAGGUUGCUUGCACAGGAUAUUCGAAACCUGAGGAUGUGCAAGUGACUAAACCAGUGUUACGGAGAGUACGAACCUCGAUAUUUACAUUCCAUCCACAAGGGCGAUGUGACAACAAGAAGAGGUUUACUGAGGUCAAGACGGUCAAAACUUUAGCAAUGCAGGCUAGACGAAGAUUAAUGACAAUGGUUGGGGCGUUGACUCAAGGUGCUCAUCGAUUCCCUGGGUCUGAUCUCAUGAAGUCAAUCUUCGUAAUCGCCAUCAGGACGAGUGUGGAAUGGAGAAGACAUCCAGAGCAGCAGCAGCAUCUCCGCCAUCACGUAGUCACCAACAUCGUUAUCAUCAUCGUCGUCGUCUUGUCAUCACCACCACCAUUGCUAUAA